AUGGCGCGCAAGCGGCCAAGGACACGCAGGUCCAACAGCGCCGUUCUGACGGCGCUCUCGCUCUGCCUCACCAAGCACCUCGCCCCCGCCGAGGGAGACGGCAGUGACUCGAACCUCGUCUUCUCGCCGGCGUCCAUCUACGCCACGCUGGCGCUGCUCGCUGCGGGCGCCCGCGGCGGCACGCUCCAAGAGCUCCUGGACGCGCUGGGCGGGGGGUCCCGCGACGACCUCGCGGCGUUCGCCCGCCGCGUCGCGGAGCGCGCGCUCGCGGACCGGUCGUGCUCGUCGGGCCGUGGGCCGGCCGUCGCGUUCGCGUGCGGCGCGUGGCACGACGCCGCGUGGGCGCCGCGGCCGGAGUUCCGCGACGCCGCCGCCGCGGCCUACAAGGCCGAGGCCCGCGCCGUCGACUUCAGCAACGAGCCCGAGAAGGCAGUUAACGUGAUCAACGGCGGCGUGGCGGCAGCCACCAACAACCACAUCGAUUCGAUCCUAGAUUCGAGUUCAGUGAACGCGCUCACGAACCUCGUCGUCGCCAGCGCCAUCUACUUCAAGGGCAAGUGGGAGGCACCGUUCACCAAGUCCAACACCAGGGUGGACAAGUUCCACCGCCUCGACGGCAGCUUCGCCGACGUGCCCUUCAUGCGCUCGUGGCGGAGCCAGCUCGUCGCCGUCCGCAACGGGUACAAGGUGCUCAAGCUCCCAUACAAAUCACCAGCUCCGGCGCCGCCGCCGUACUCCAUGUGCAUCUUCCUGCCGGACGAACGCGACGGCCUUGCUGGCCUGGUCGCCAAGAUCGCGUCCGGCCCUGGGUUCUGCUACUACCGCCUGCCGACCGAACGUGUCCAGGUCGGCGACUUCCGGCUGCCCAAGUUCAAGCUCUCCGCCUCCGGCAGCGUAAUGCAGGCCCUGAGAGACGACAUGGGGAUCACUUCUGCUUUCGUUGCCGGCGAAGCGGACCUGUCCGGCAUGGCCAAGCGCGACGGCGACGAAGCCGGCACGCUGCUGCACGUGGGGGACGUGCGCCACAAGGCGGUGCUCGAGGUGAACGAGGAAGGUGUGGCGGUCGCCACCAGCAGCUAUAUGCUCUGCGGGGCUAGUGCGGUAAUGACAGAUCAGCAGAAGACGGUGGAUUUCGUCGCUGACCACCCGUUUGUGUUCUUUGUGAUCGAGGAGGUGUCGCGAGCAAUCCUCUUUGUUGGCCGUGUCCUCGACCCUUCAAUUUAA